AUGUCUCCGGAUGGACACCCAGCAAGGGCCCCUGAGGUGCGCGCAUUUGGCAGGCUCGUCAGGAAGAUGAAAGAGGAUGGAGCCAAGGUGCCGCCUUCUUUCCCGGACCAGCCAGGCCAGCUGGCUUCUGAAACAAGUCCUCUCUCACUCCUCACCCAGCCAGCCCUCUGCUACAGCCUCACUCCCAGCCUGCAGAUUAGACGGAAACCUGUGCAGGUAAACGUUUCCUUUGCUUCUGCAGCCAAGGCACACAGUCAUCUGUCCGGCCCAGGUGCCUGGGAGGAGAAAUCCUGCUGUGGAAGCUGCUGUGACUGGGUGUCCUCGGGGGAACGCUGGCUAGCCAUUCCCAGCUAA